AUGGCGAGCACCCCAGAGAAGCUGGGAGGUGGCCGUGAUGCGGUGCUUACCUCGGAGGCCUCGAGUGCUACCCAGCAAGAGCUUUUUGAUCCCGCACUGAAUGAGAAGCUCGACCACAAGGAUGCACAGCUCGAAACGACAGAUGCCUCUGGUCGAAUCGAGCUCACGGAGGAUAUGUGCUAUGACAAGCUCGGAUAUUCAUUCAGCGAGAAACGCAAGUGGUUGAUCAUCACUGUCAUCUUCUUGGUCCAGACCUCCAUGAACUUUAAUACCUCCUUGUAUUCGAACGGUCUCGGGGGGAUUUCCGAGGAGUUUGGUGUUUCCAAGCAGGCCGCUCGCUGUGGUGCAAUGAUCUUCUUGGUGUUGUACGCUUUCGGUUGUGAACUAUGGGCGCCAUGGAGUGAGGAACUAGGACGCAAGCCCAUCCUGCAGGCCUCGCUGUUUCUUGUCAACGUCUUCCAACUGCCAGUGGCCCUUGCACCCAACUUUGCUUCUGUCAUGGUUGGCCGGGCUCUGGGUGGUCUCUCCUCUGCUGGAGGUUCGGUCACCUUGGGUAUGAUUGCCGAUCUUUGGGAGGCUGAUACACAGCAGUACGCCGUGGCUGCCGUCGUCUUUUCCUCCGUCGGUGGCUCGGUCCUAGGCCCCGUGGUUGGUGGCUUCGUGGAAGCUUUCCUUCCGUGGCGCUGGAGCAUUUGGAUCCAGUUGAUCUUUGGUGGCUUUGUUCAGAUCAUGCACUUCCUGUUGGUUCCCGAGACUCGUACUACUGUGAUGAUGGAUCGGAUCGCAAAGAAAAUGCGCGAGAGCGGCGAGAACCCGAACAUCUACGGCCCUACCGAGGGAAUGUCUUUCCGCGAGCGUUUCCCUCCUCGUGAGCUUCUGGCUACCUGGAUUCGCCCCUUCCGCAUGUUCCUGACAGAGCCCAUUGUGUUGACCCUGUCUCUGUUGAGUGGCUUCAGUGAUGCUCUGAUUUUCAUGUUUGUGCAGUCUCUGUCGCUGGUAUAUGGACAAUGGGGAUUCAACACGUGGGAGAAGGGUCUGGCUUUCCUUCCCAUUCUGGUCGGCUACUUUAUUGCCUGGAUGUCGUGGUUCCCCGUCAUCCGUCGCAACGCGAAAGAGCGCCGGGAGAACCCCGACAGCGAGCGCGCCCAAUAUGAGUCUCGUCUGUGGUGGCUGCUAUAUACCGUCCCCUGCUUGCCGAUCGGAUUGAUUGGUUUUGCCUGGACCAGCUUGCCUCAAUGCCACUGGAUUGGCUCCAUGAUUUUUGCUGCCAUCAUCGGUAUCGCCAAUUAUGCCAUCUACAUGGCCACCAUUGACUAUAUGAUUUGUGCCUACGGACCAUACUCUGCAUCUGCGACCGGUGGAAAUGGAUGGUCCCGAGAUUUCUUGGCUGGCAUCCUGACUAUUCCCGCUACACCGUUCUUUGAGAACAUUGGUGGCAAGUACCACCUCGAAUAUGCUUCUACGAUUCUCUUCUGUAUCUCGCUUCCGCUGGUUGUGGCCGUCUACGUGAUUUACUGGAAGGGACCCGUGCUGCGCAAGCGUUCUCCCUUCGCCCAGCAGCUCGAGGAGGCCCGCCACGAUAUGGCCAUGCAGGGCCGUCGCAUGUCCAAGGUUCCAGAGGCGUCGCGUGCCAACUCGUAUGCCCGGUCUCAGCAGGAUCUCCGCAUCCGGCAAACUAUGGGCAGCCGUCCUGGUUCGCGAGUCAACUCUCGCGCCAACUCUCGUGUCAACUCGCGCCGCAACAGCUUGACCGGGGUUUGA